AUGCCACGCAACAAUCGCCUUUCUAUGGACGAGCAGGCUGAAAUCGACGUCAUGCGCGACCUGGGAUGGAGUGUUCGCCGGAUGAGCCAGCGGAUCGACCGCUCUCGAGACUGCAUUGCACGGUAUUUGCGGAAUCCACUCGCGUAUAAUACGAAAACUUUAACCGGAAGACCGAAGAAGCUGAGCGAACGUGAUCGCCGUUCAAUUCUUCGAUUGGCGUCGAACAGCACGAAGACGGCUAGCGAAAUCAGGGAAGAAUUGGGGCUCCAAGUGAGCAAACACACGGUCAUACGUGUGAUUAAUGACUCGUCAUACAUAGUCCGUGAGAAAAUGAAGAAUUGGAAACGAGAAAUAUUACCGUUUCAUGUUGCAUACAUAUACCAUAUAUGUUUCUACUCCACAUGGAGCAAAAUGCCACGCAACAAUCGCCUUUCUAUGGACGAGCAGGCUGAAAUCGACGUCAUGCGCGACCUGGGAUGGAGUGUUCGCCGGAUGAGCCAGCGGAUCGACCGCUCUCGAGACUGCAUUGCACGGUAUUUGCGGAAUCCACUCGCGUAUAAUACGAAAACUUUAACCGGAAGACCGAAGAAGCUGAGCGAACGUGAUCGCCGUUCAAUUCUUCGAUUGGCGUCGAACAGCACGAAGACGGCUAGCGAAAUCAGGGAAGAAUUGGGGCUCCAAGUGAGCAAAGACACGGUCAUACGUGUGAUUAAUGACUCGUCAUACAUAGUCCGUGAGAAAAUGAAG